UAACGAUUAAGUAUAAUCAUUUAGAAAGCUAUAAGAAUUUAUACGUAAAGUAAAACAGAAUUACAGAUGAAGCUCUCAACUUUCGUUAGAAGUUCUUUGGUAAUUUGGUUUAUAUUUCAGUGCAUUCAACAAUGUGCAAACACAUCCAUCAAAGACAAAAUUACAGGAAUUACGACUAAAGUUUUGGAUAAAUACAUUAAUGCAUAUUUAGGAAUUCCAUAUGCAACACCUCCUGUCGGAGACUUGCGAUUCAGUGAACCUCAACCCGUUAAAGAUUGGGAUUUUGUUUAUAACGCAACGCAGAAAUCCAAUUAUUGUAUGCAAGAUCCAAUAAAUCGGGAGGUGGAGUGGGCGAAUAUUGAAGGAAAGGAAUUAAAUGAGGAUUGCCUGUAUAUUAAUAUUUGGGUUCCUACUUCGAAAACGUGCGGAGAAUCAUUUGCUACUAUGGUCUGGAUUCACGGAGGAGGUUUCAACGUCGGAUCCGCGAAUAUGGAUAUAUAUGAUGGAGCAGUAAUUGCGUCCAUAGGAAAUGUCAUCGUAGUUUCCUUCAAUUAUCGUAUUGGUGCUUUUGGAUAUGCAAAUUUCGAUUCAGAAAAUGCGGCUGUAAAUGCGGGUAUGUUGGAUCAAGUGAUGGCCUUAAAAUGGGUCCAUCAAAAUAUAGAAUAUUUCGGGGGUAAUAAGGAUUUAAUAACUAUUUUUGGAGAAAGUGCAGGAUCUAUGUCAGUAGCAAAUCAUUUGAUUUCUCCUAUGACAAAGGGUCUAUUCAAAAGAGCGAUAUUGCAAAGCGGAAGCAACUAUCACGAACUGUUUACAGUAAAACCCAAAAACAAUAUUGAGCUCACUUCAAUGUUAUCUAAAGAAUUAGGAUGUAGCGAAGAAGAUACGUUGAAAUGCAUGAGGAAUGCAAAUCCUUUUGACAUAGCAGCUGCUGAACUGAAACUAAUGCAAAGAAGACAGGUGGUUUUAAGUUUCCUCCCACAGAAAGGAUCUCCGUUUCUUCCCGAAGAUCCGUUUCAAAGUAUUGAUGAUGGUAAAUUCCAUGAUGUAGAUAUUUUAAUUGGAGCAACGAAAGAUGAAGGUUCUGUCUUUUUACGUCUCCAAAAUUUGGAAUUAAUAAAUGAAGAAAAACCGAUUUUGUCAAAGUCAGAGUCUCUGUCUCUUCUUAGUAAAAUUUUUACGAAGGAUGGCGAAUCUUUAAAUCGCAUUGUGCAGGAAUAUUUAGGAAAUGUUGCAGAUGAUGAUACUUUAACAAUUGUGAAACAGACAAUUAAAGCCAUAGGAGAUGCACAUUUUAUGUGCCCAAUUUUACAUUUAACAGAGAAACUUUCCAAAAACAACAGAAAUGUAUUUCAUUACAUCUUUAAUCAUACUCGGAUCAAAUCUCCAAUAAAGAAAUGGAUAGGCGUACCUCAUUUUGAAGAUAUUUAUUUUGUUUUUGGAAUGCCUUUUGUCGAUGGAGAAAAUUAUGAAAAGGAAGAAUUGCAAUUUAGCAAAAAAAUAAUCCAAGCGUGGACAUCAUUUGCUAAAACUGGGAAACCUUCCUAUGAUGGCAUGGAACAAGAAUGGUCGGAAUUUGGUGUAAAUGAGCGAAGAUCUCUUUCUCUUUCUCUACAACGUUUUCAUCUAGCAAGAGCAGAAGAAGAAAAGUGUAAUUUUUGGAAACAAUUUUAUGGUUAUAAUUAAGUAAA